AUGAAAUUCACUUCCGCUUUAGCUGCUUUUGGUUUAUUAGCCGUAGCUCAAUCCAAUUUGAUCAAACGUGGUGGAGAUUAUGACGAUUACACUCCUUGGAAACCAUAUUAUCCAAAAGUAUUUACAUUAGGAGUUAAAGUCGAUGGUAAAAUUUACUACUCUUUCCAAGUUAAUGAUGGUCAAUUUGAAUUCGAUCACAAGGAGUAUGAAGAGUACUGUGAACCUCCUCACAAGCCAAAAUGGAAAUCUGAACCAAAACAUGAUUCAGGUAAAUGGAAGCGUGGUGACGAUGAAUAUGACGACGACGACGACGAGGAGGAUGACAACACUGUGCAAUUUGGAGACGACGACGACGACGACAAGAAAGAUAAAUAUUACAAACCUGGCUAUAAGCCAUACCACCCAUUCUUAAAAGUUGACUACUACAAGGGUUUGGAUGUCUAUACUUUAAAGAAUACUAUAUUGAAAGAUUCUAAAGGAAGAAUUGGUUCGAUUGUUGCUAAUCAUCAAUUCCAAUUUGAUAAACCAACUCAACCAGAUGCUUUGUUCACCAAAGGGUUCUCGAUUGUUUGGGAAGAUAAGAAUUGGUUAUUGGCAUUGAACGGCAAGACUACCUUCUGGGACUCAGCUCUUAAUGAUUACCUUUACAAGGUUUACGAUGCUCCAAUUACCUCAAAAUCCAGAAAAGUUGAACUUGUCAUUAUUGAAGUAGUAUUCAAGUCAUAUGAUUAA